GCACCCAGGGGCCAGAGGCCACAAUAGGACCUUCUCACUGGCAGGAGAAGGAGGAGAAGGAAAAGUAGGAGAAAGAGGUGGCCGGGGGCCCGGGAGCAGCAGACUGACCAUGCAGGAGCUGGUGGGUCUGAGGGAAGGGACCCGGGGGAAGCCCGUGGCCCUGAAGGAGCUGUGGAUGCCCUGCCCACGGGCCCGACGCCAGGUCCGAGGCUGUCUGGAGUGGGUGAAGCAGCAACUGUUCCGUGUGGGGGAAGACUGGUACUUUCUGUUUGGCCUGGGGGUGCUCAUGGCUCUCAUCAGCUUCACCAUGGACUUCACGGUCUCCAGGGUGACCCACGCACACAAGUGGCUGUACGAGGAACUCCGAGAUCACCAGCUGCUGCGCUACCUCUCCUGGACGGCCUACCCCGUGGCCCUCGCCUCCUUCUCCACUGGUUUCUCUCAGAGCAUCACCCCACACUCUGGAGGCUCCGGCAUUCCCGAACUGAAGACCAUCCUGUCGGGGGUGAUGCUGGAAGAGUACCUGGCCAUCAGGAACUUUGGUGCUAAGGUGGUUGGUCUCACCUGCACCCUGGCCACAGGCAGUACCAUCUUCCUUGGCAAAGUGGGCCCUUUUGUGCACCUCUCUAGCAUCAUGGCCGCCUUCCUGGGCAAGGUGCGUACGUCAGUCACUGGGGAAUAUGAGAACCAGAACAAGCAGAACGAGUUGCUGGUGGCGGGUGCCGCAGUGGGAGUAGCCACGGUGUUCGGAGCGCCCAUCAGCGGGGUUCUGUUCAGCAUCGAAGUUAUGUCCUCCCACUUUGCCGUCUGGGAUUACUGGCGUGGCUUCUUCGCGUCUACAUGCGGAGCCUGCAUGUUCCGCCUUCUGGCCGUCUUCAACAGCGAGCAAGAAACCAUCACAGCACUCUUUAGGACCAACUUUAAAAUCGACUUCCCCUUUGACCUCCCAGAGAUCUUCUUCUUCAUGGCUCUUGGUGUCCUCUGUGGGGUCCUGAGCUGUGCCUACCUGUUCUGCCAACGCUGGUUCCUGGGUUACGUGAGGAGGAACCCGGUCACCGCCAGGCUGCUGGCCACAGACAAACCUGUGUAUUCCGCCCUGGUGGCUUUCCUCCUGGCCUCCAUCACCUACCCACCCAGCCUGGGUCGCUUCAUGGCAUCCCGGCUGACCAUGAAAGAGCACCUAAACUCGCUGUUCGACAACCGUUCCUGGGCCCUGCUGUCCCAGAAUGCCUCCCUGGCCUGGCCCCCUCAGCCGGACCCCCAGAGCCUGUGGCUGGAGUGGUGGCAUCCCCGCCUCACCAUCUUUGGCACACUGGUCUUUUUUCUAGCCAUGAAGUUCUGGAUGCUGAUUCUGGCCACCACAAUGCCCAUGCCUGCAGGAUAUUUCAUGCCCAUCUUUGUCUACGGGGCUGCAGUGGGUCGCCUCACAGGAGAGACGAUUGCUGUGCUUUUCCCGGAGGGCAUCCAGGCGGAUGGAGUGGUGAACCCCAUCAUUCCUGGGGGCUAUGCCCUGGCAGGAGCUGCAGCCUUCUCUGGAGCAGUGACCCACAGUGUGUCCACCGCCCUGCUGGCCUUUGAACUGACGGGUCAGAUCGCCCACGUGUUGCCCGUGCUACUGGCUGUGCUACUGGCCAAUGCCAUCACCCAGAAGUGCCAGCCCUCCUUCUAUGAUGGGACUAUCAUCGUCAAGAAGCUGCCCUACCUGCCCCGCAUCCGGGGCCGCCGCUUGGGUUCCUACCAGGUGACCACAGCACGCUUCAUGAGCCCGGUGCCCACCAUCCUGGCUAAGGACGCUCCCCUGGAUGAGGUGGUCAGGAUAGUGACCUCGUCUGACCUGGCCGAGUUCCCGCUGGUGGAAAGUGCAGAGUCAAAGCUGCUGGUAGGCACCGUGAAGCGGGCCCAUCUUGUCUCCUGCCUGGAGGCUGUGCUGCCCACCUGCACUUCCGGACACCAGUGGCAUCUCCAGGAGGUGUUGGCGGAAGGCUGCCCCAUGGAACCAGUGACUCUACAGCUGUCCCCUGAGACCUCCCUCCACCAGGCUCACAACAUCUUCGAACUACUGAACCUGCAACACGUCUUCGUGACAUCCUUGGGACGGAUCGUGGGCUACGUUUCUCGGGCAGAGCUGAAAAAGGCAAUUGCAGACUUAGCCAACCCGCCAGCUCCCAAGUGACAACCUCCUGCUGGGAAGACUCCAGGAGCAGCUGGGGGCAUCCUGCCCAGUCGGCAUCAGGACCCCUGGGGCGUGGGGGGGUACUAGCAAGGAAGUGCUCGUUACAGUGCUAGAGUACCAGAGCACAAAAGUACUAGAGUACUAUAGUACAAAUGUCUUAGAGAGAACUAGAGUACAGAAGUAAUAGAAAGUAAUAGAGUAGCCUAGUACUAGAGAACUAGAGUUUAAAAGUACUAGAAAGUACUAGAGUAUGAAAGUAAUAGAGAGUACUGAAGUACUAGACUGUAAGUUCCUGGUGGGCAGAGAAUAUGUUCUACCAACUCUGUUAUACUGUACUCUUCCAAAUGCUUU